AUGGCCGAUAUCGAUGUCAAGAUUGCUCAAUGGAAGCUUGUUGAGGUUGGCCGUGUUCUGCUGAUCCGCAGCGGUCCUUACACCGGCAAGCUUGCUGCCAUUGUCGAGAUCAUCGACCACAAGCGUGUCCUGGUUGACGGUCCUUCCACCGAGGAGAACAAGAUCGUUCCCCGUCACGCCCUUCCUCUCGCUCACGCCACUCUCACCCCCUUCGUCAUUCCCAAACUCCCCCGCGCUGCCGGCACUGGCCCCGUCAAGAAGCUCUGGGAGAAGAACGAGAUCGAUGGAAAGUGGGCUAAGAGCACCAUUGCUCAGAAGACUGAGCGCGCUGAGCGGAGGAAGAACCUGACCGACUUCGAGCGCUUCAAGGUCCUCAGACUCAGAAAGCAGGCUCGCUACGAGGUCCAGAAGGCUCACGCCAAGACCGCAAAAAUGGCUGAUCCCCGUGUUGAAGAGCUCCCUGAUGAGGAGGUUCCCAAGGCCAACGUUGAGGACGCUGGCAGCGACUCUGAGUCCGAGGCUGGUGAGGAGUCCAGCAUCCCCGCUGGCGCCGCCGUCACCAUCCACUCCCGUAACGAGAAGAAGGCCAGAAAGGCCAUUGGCAAGCUCGGCCUGAAGCACGUUCCCGGCAUCACUCGUGUUACCCUCCGCAGACCCAAGAACAUCCUCUUCGUCAUCAACCAGCCCGAUGUCUACCGCUCUCCCUCCAGCAACACCUGGAUCAUCUUCGGUGAGGCCAAGAUCGAGGACUUGAACUCCCAGGCUCAGGCCUCCGCUGCCCAGCAGCUGGCUGCCGCUGAGGCCGCCGCUGGCGAGCACGCCGGGCAAGGCCCCGAGACCGAGGCCAAGAAGGAGGAGGAAGAGGAUGAUGGUGAGGAGGUCGAUGAGACUGGCCUCGAGGCCAAGGACAUCGAGCUCGUCAUGGCUCAGGCUAAUGUGUCACGCAAGAAGGCCGUCAAGGCCCUGCGCGAGAACGACAACGAUAUCGUCAACUCCAUCAUGGCGCUCAGCAUAUAA